AUACAGCUGUUCAUAAUCAUAUCCAAGUUCAGUCCUCCUCAAGCCGCAUCGAUUUAAAGAUCAGACUAAAUCCACAACCACACUCACCAAGCACCCCAAUGGCCACACACACAACCACGGCGUUUCUAUACGCGAUCCAGCCAGCGUACUACGACGUGAUUUCUGAAGUAUCCAGGGGAGCUACUCAGAAGGAUCAGUUUUGGGUGUGGAUCACGACGACCGCGGACGGAGGGACAAAGUAUGGGUCGGUGGAUGUGUAUCGCGUAGGCGGAACUGUCGAGCUGAGAGGGAUCGAUGGGUUUGAGGUGCUUGAGUAUAAUGAUAAAAUGAUUCGGAUUGCGUGCAAUGAACUGGGUGUCAAGAGCAUUGAAUUUAGAAAUCCGACGUCUACAAUUACGACAAAAUCGACUAUCUCCGGCUUCGACAUAUCGCCAUCCUCGAAUCUCUACGCAGUCGGCUCCUCCUCCGGCACCAUCGCGCUCUCGACACAAUCUCCGCCUCAGAACGGCACAGGUCCGACGGCCACAUCAGAAGAGCUGACGAGAACGCUCGAGGGGCAUUUUGCAUAUACCACCUGCGUGAAGUUUUUCCCGUCGGGAAAGGUGCUGCUGAGUUGUGGAGGCGAUAUGUUGAUCAAGUUGUGGAAUAUCGCGGACGGCGAGUGCGCGAGGACGUUUGUAGGGCACAAGGCGGCUGUCGUGGAUCUGGCGAUGGUUGGGAGAGGACGGAAUUUCUUAUCUGCAUCGGCGGAUAGGACGGUGAAGCUGUGGGAGUGCGCGUCAGGCGAAUGUGCACAUACGUUCGAGCACCCGACGGCCGCCACCGCGCCAACAAAAGUCACAGUGACGACGAGGCAGGACGGGAUCGUGCGGGCGGCCGAGAAUGCGCUAGAGUUUGAGACCGAGGACAAGAUGGCGGUGGUAGGGUUUGACAAUGGUGACGUAGUCCUGUAUGGCAUGUCGACGAAGGACGUGCUCGCGGUGGUGGGUGCUCCUGCGGCCGAGGCGGGUGUCGUCGGCCUCGACCUGAGCGAGGACGGGACCGAGCUGGUGGUGGGACGCGCGCACAGCGUUGAACGGUGGGACCUGCAGGGCGAUCUGGCGGGGCCGGCGCAGCGGGUGGAGACGGCCGGGGAGGUUGUCGGGCUCGCCGUGAUCGGAGACGGGGUCGCGCUGGCGAUGCGCGAGGGCGGGUCGAUGGUUGUGAGCCGCGAAGGCGCGGUCGAGUGGGUCGCAGCCGCCUCCGCGGUGGCCGAGAGCCAGGCCGAGGGCGUCGCGGUGCGCGGCCAUCGCGGGGUGUUUGUUGCGCAGCGCGACGGGCAGCUGCUUCGGUACCGGGGGUGAGCAGGGCAGAGUUGUGGAAGUUCCCGAAUAGGAAGAUGCCCAAAGAAGCAAGACAGAGCCGAAAGCGGCAAAACCCUGAGCGGGCUAAUGCAGGAACGGGGCGCACGUGGUGACGCGGGUCAGGAAGCGGAGGAUCAGGGGCCGGGUCAGCGAAGGGAGCGGGUACCCCUUUUUGGGACAGGGUGCACGGGUCAGAACUCAGCUCCACUGCGCCAAAACAUCUUCGCAGUCGCAAACGCAGAACUCGGAUUCCUCUG